AUCAUUUUCGCCUCUGCGGAGAAGAAGCGCCAUGAAAUUUGUAAAGCGCAAAAGCGUGACCGGAGCCUGGAGAAAGUAACUGAUACAUAACCAUGGAGAAGUAGUGUUGCUACACAAGAAGAUCACCGGUAUAGCUACUUUUCAGACAUCACCGAUACAAGUAUAAAGUAGUCAUUAUGUAUAAUAAGAGUCGCUUGUAAGCCUCUCUUUGAAGUUCGAUCCACAAUCUCUACCGCAGACUAAACUUGGAAGUAUAUCGAAGUGAAAGCGUCGGAAAGUCAAUCCGGUGUCGAGAGAGACAAUAACAUGAUGAAGGCUGCAAAGGCAAAAUAAGACAAUACAAGAUUUAAAAAAAAUUAUCAACACAAGCAACAUUUCUGAAUACAUUGUUCAAGGUUGAAGACAGAGACACAUAGAUAGAUCGACUUGUCUGGCCAGGAGUUUAGUUAUGCUCUGAGCUUCUGCUGUCGGACCCGUUGGUCCCACUCAGGCUCUGGCUCUCCGAUCACCCUUCAUCAAACAUUCCUCUCACUCCACUCCUUCUUCCACCCAAACUUCGGCCUCACUGCAGUGUUAGCCAAACAACACCUACUUCUCCCACCAGUGCUGGGACUAUCUUCGUUUCUUGCUUGUACUUUUCAAAAUUUGUAUUAGCAUUCAUCGCCGUAUUCUUUUCUUUCCCCCAGUCCCUCGGCGACAACUGCUGUUGAGCUUCGGCUUUUGCACCCCUCAUUCUCGUCCUCCUUUCCACAAUAAAAGAGGUCCCGUGACUUCACAUCUCGAGCUCAUUCGACUCUUUUGUGCUUUUCGCUCACCCACACUGGUGGUGUUUCUCUCCCCUCCCCCUUCAGCCCCUCUUUCCAUUUCGCCUCCCCGUUCUGCAACGCUUUGCUCGCGUUCUUUUCGCGCAGGCGGUGUGUUGCUGGUAUCGUUACCUUCUCCCCGACAUUUACCAGCGGCUCUACGUCGUGCCAAGUACGACGACGAGAGCUCUGUCUCUUUUGACAUUUGAGCCGAACCAUGGCUUCUCCCACUGUCAAUUCCGGCCCCGUCGCAAAUAGCCCAUCUGGCAAUGCGCCCACACAGAAUUCAGGGUCUCGACCUACUCUGAGACCUAGCGCCAAUCCCAAGUCGUCGGAUGGCGGAAGACGGCAGUCUGGCAGCCCGCUUGACGGCGGACAGAGACGCAGCAAUUCCCAAAAGGCUUGGACACAAGGCACAAACCCGAUCACCCAACGCCCUUCCUAUUCGCAACAGAACGGCAGCAUGCCCCAAAAGUCGUCAUCCUCCCCCCGACCUCCCUCAAAGGAAUCAAAUACUCCGGAUAACCACGCCCAUGACCGCCUCUUAUUCUUGCUUACAAGCUUCAUUGGACUCGCCGCUACUGUGACCACAAGAAAUGGCGAUGAAUUCACCGGAAUAUUCUCAUCCUCAUCCCUCGAGCCCAGCGAUUCCUCAAUCACCCUCAAGAUGACACAGCGGCAAUCAAAGCAGGACCAAAGUCGAACAAAUGGAGUGAGCGACUCUACUAGUCCGUUCAUAGGGUCAGCGCCUGAGCAUACUGUGACCUUUAAUGUCAAUGAUGUUGUUGACAUCUCGGUUCCGGACGUGACGACGACUGAUGUACUGGCGAAACCCAAUGGAGCUGCUGUUGGGUUCAAGACGGAUGCGGACAUUUCCGGAAAUCUUGCCAUGCGUGAACGGAUGCUGAAGCGUUGGGAGCCAGGCACCGAUGCCAACACUGACAUGUCUCUUGAAAGUGCAGCAACAUCGGGAUGGGACCAGUUUGAAACAAAUGCUAGACUCUUUGGAGCCACUAGCAGCUAUGACGAGAACCUCUAUACUACCCGCAUCAAUCGGUCAGACCCGGCCUAUAAGCAGAAAGAAGCUGAAGCCGCUCGCAUUGCCCGUGAAAUCGAGACUAGUGAGGUCGACAAUGCACAUGUUAGGGAAGAACGAGGACAUGUGGGAGCAGAUGUUGGGGACGAGGAGGACAAGUACAGUGGUGUGCGCCGUGAUGAGAAGAACUUCCCCCCGUUGGCUUCUGGGCAGUCAAACAAAUACACCCCACCUGCCCUCAGGAACCAGCUGACUGCAACCGCCCCGUCCUACACUGGCCCUGUCAAACGGACAACCAGUGCAAAAGAACCCACUCCCACACCAAUGCCACCUAAGGAGACAACGCCCGUGGCUCAGCCACAUACAACACCGGCGAGCGUUGCUGGCCCCGCCACUGACACGGAGAAAAAGGCCGCUCCAUCGAAGGCCCCGUCCGUUCCGCCUACUGCUACCACAAAGGGCGCGGCCCCAGAAAACAACUACGGGAAUGAGGUCCUGGGCCAGUUCCGUAUCUUCGCGACAAACGAGAAGCUGAAGUUCCAGGAGCGUCGUCGCAAUCAGGCAUCUUACGACCGAACAAUCAAGCUCAACGAGCUAAUGAAGUUCUCACAGAAUUUCAAGCUUGCUACUCCGGUUCCGAAGGAUUUGGUGCCAAUUCUCGCCAAGGAUCCUCACAAGCAAGAGGAGAUUAUUCAACGGGCUCAGCAACAAGCAGAGGAAAAGAAAACACCCAAGGCCGUUACUGCCGCAGCUCCUGUCGAUCAGAAGAAGGCAGCAGCAGAAUACACUCAGACAGCUACUCGCCAGGAUAUUGGUGCGACAACUUCGCAGGCUCAGCCAGACCGACCAACUUACCCCCGUGGCCGUCAAAUGUAUCCACCUGCUGGCCCUGGGGGGCGAGGCCCACAUCAGCUACACUCUGGCCGUCAAGCAACGGGCAUGCUCGGCCACCGCCUUGCCGACAAUCUUCAGCAGCGGAAGGGAGCAGCUGCGGGAUCCGUCCCAGCUCCUUUGCCCAUUAAUGACUCUCGUGCUCCGCCGAGUACUACCGACCACUCUAGUGUUUCCAGCCCUACCAAGGUUUCGACUCCCACAUCCACUGUUUCAACCAAGUUUAAUGUCAAGGCUAUGGAAUUCAAACCAAAUCCUGCGGCCAGCACCUUCACACCAGGAGGAUCAAACCCAUCGGCGUUCGCUAGAGCACAGCCCGACACCCGUGCCAAGAGCCCAUCCACCUUUUUCGGUGCAAAGAAACCGCGUCCGAUCUCGGAGCGUCCGUCCCUCAAGGAUCAAUUCAAUCCUAUCAAACGUAUGAAGAAAGAGAGCGCAGAGCAGACGGACAGGAACUACACUUCUAAUGGAGGUAUUCCCUUCGCCUACAACACCAUGCCGACUUGGAAUGCGAACGAAGACGAAGAAAAGUCUUAUACCCAGAUGUUCAAAUACCCGCCCUUGUCAACUGCUUCUCCGCAGAGUCGUUCCUCUUCGAACCCACAAAUGCCUCAUCAACCGCAGAUGCCAUAUCAAUUCCAACAGACUCCAAACAUGCCUCCCACAUCGGGCCCUCCCCAUGGGCCCCACCUUCACCCUCAGCAGCACCACGGUGCCGGCCCGGCCCAUUUUGACGAUCCCCACCGCAUGCAACUUUCCGCGUCAGCAUCACAGAUGUAUCCGUCACCGAGACUCCAGCACGGAUAUCCUUCGCCUAUGGCACCGCAUGCACAGCUCGCAUUUGGACAGCAGCCAAUGCCUCAAUUCUAUAUGAAUCAGGGCGGCCCGCAACCGGCUCAUAUGAGACAUUAUCAGGGUGCUCCGCAGUUUGUGAAUCCCCAGGGCGGGAUGGGAGCGCCUAUGAUGGUCCAGCAACCCUCCAAUGGGCCCUAUAUGGGCAUUCCUCAAGGCGUCGGUCCGUUCACACCCCAAAUGCAAAUGUACUCCCCUAAUCCUGCGCACACCUACCCUCACGUGCCACCUCCCCAGCCUCACAGCGGCUAUCCCAGCCCUAGUCGUCCUGCCCCGAUGAUGAUGCAUCAGAACUCUCAAUCUGGACAACCUCCCCAGCACAUGAUGUAUAUGGCCCCUGGUCAGCACCAGCAGCCAGUCUAUGCUGGGCCGCAGCCAGGCCACAUGCCACCCGGUCGAGGCAACUACCCUCAGCAACAACCACACUUCCAGGCCAGCCCUCACCAGGUCCACCACUACCCUCCCCAUCAGCACCGCACCCCAAGUAGCGGCUUCAACCAACUGCCUCAAAUGCCCCCUCAGGUCGCUUCCCAAGCUGGCUCAGCUGUGAACUCCGCUGCCCAGCCUCAGGAGACCGCCGAUGAAUCCAAAUGAUUCUAGCGAAUGGGGUUAGCGCACGGAUCGUUUUACCUCAGUCCUUUGAAGGCCCGAUGGGCUGCGGUCCUGACUACGCUAUCAACUUGGGAGGGCGAGCAUGACAGAAGCUCUGUUAUCGCUGCGGGUUAUAUCAUUCCAGUAUCCAUACUCGACAAUCUAUUAGAAGCUAUUGCUAUCUUGGUUUCUAUUCUGACUGGUCUGUCAACGCCAAGUAUAUAACCCCCGCAGCCAGCGCAACUCGCUUUUGUCAUUGCAUAUUUUUAGAGUGACCGAGUCGGAUUGAAGCGUGCUAUAGCGCGGGACAUCGCCUUUACUACCCCGGACUGAAGUGUUGCUCAUGCCCAAGUCGCUCUCGCUGGGGCGUAUACUACACUGGGACCCAUGGCAAGAAUGUAUCAGGAUGUGGACGCCACCUGGAUUGGUAUUUACCGAUGCUCCGGGAGUGCAACCGCCUUAUAUUUCGAUUGACAGUUCGUUUGAUAUUUAGGCCACUUAGAUGGCGGGGAUAGUUGUUCGGGAGCGGAUGAACUUGAGGUGAACGAGUGGCAGAGGUGGACCAGUGGUGAUCGGGCUCGCGGGCUGCAAUGGCUCAAGGACUGGCGAUGUCAUUCAACAUGGAAUGUGCAAACUACGCUAGGACAAGGAUGAAAUGUCAAGAGGUUGCCGUUACAUGAAUGGUAUUCUCAGGUUAAUCAUACUUGUUGGACAUUGCAAUGUAUUCCGAAUCCUCUGUAAAUCUGUUAAUAGUUGAGAAAGUCAGCGACUGGAUGCAGGUUUUGCAGAAAAGCAUCGCAGGGGG